UAAGAGGGAAGCGCACAUGAGAGCUAUGUUGUGGGCGUUGCGUAUAGGUCUCGCUAGCCCAAGCUAGAAGCUGCGCGGGUACAAUGAUGGAUUUUGACGAGAGAGUUUCCGUUGGCUCCAACAUGUAUCUGCCCAGCUGCACGUAUUACGUUCCGGGGGCUGAUUUCUCCACGUUGCCCUCUUUCUUAUCCCAAAGUCCGUCUUCUCGUCCCGUCACCUACUCUUACUCCUCUAACCUGCCUCAGGUACAGCAUGUCAGGGAGGUUACAUUCCGGGACUAUGCUAUUGACGCGUCCGGUAAAUGGCCUCACCGGGGUCCACUGGCUCACUGUUAUCCAUCGGAGGACAUAGUACACCGGGAGUGUUUACCAGCGGCAACGACAGUUGGUGAAAUGUUCCCCAAGAAUAAUGCAUCUGCGUAUUAUCACUCAUCGAACUCGACCUCCGCGUCCAAUUUCUACGGUAGUGUUGGAAGAAACGGGGUGCUUCCUCAAGCAUUUGACCAGUUUUUUGACACUGCCUGCAGGGGCUCGGACAGUGUAGCAAACAGCGACUAUGCAGCGAGGGAUAAAAUGCACUUCAGCAAACAGCCUACGCCAGCGCCCGCACCGGAGCAGGAGUGCGAAGGAAAGGAGCGACAGGAGACCAGUAGCCCCGAAUCUUCUUCAGGAAACAACGAGGAAAAGACCAGCGGUACGAGCAGUGGACCCAGGGUUCGCAAGAAGAGAUGUCCCUAUACAAAAUUUCAAAUCCGGGAGCUCGAGAGGGAAUUUUUCUUCAGCGUGUACAUUAACAAAGAGAAACGACUUCAGCUCUCACGGAUGCUUAACCUCACCGAUCGCCAAGUGAAAAUUUGGUUCCAGAACAGGCGGAUGAAGGAAAAGAAACUAAAUAGGGACCGAUUACAGUACUACAGUACCAACGCACUGCUUUAGGGCAAGGAAAUAACAGAUACAAACAUAUAACAGCUGCAGUAAUAAGAUCACUCUCGAGACCUUAUACAGACUCUCAGCGGUUAACUUCAAGUUCGAGACAAGGCACCAUUCACUUGUAUACAAUUACAGAGACCAUACAGGACAUUGAAAUUCACAGUUUAAAUACGGGUUGUUUUGUGCUCGUAAUAGAUAAACGUAUGCAAUUUUGUGGCGAACAGAAAUGAUUUAAUUAAGAGCUAGUGAUAAACACUGAACAUGGACUACUCUGUUUGCAGUUGUGAUGAACUACACGCUGAGAUUGAGUACAACUGGCUGAAAUAUUUGGGUUUAAACAAGGAAAGGCUUUUGACAAGCCAUUUGAAUGGCGUGUUAAAUUGGGAAGGAAUGUUGAACAGGUUGGCCUAAUGACAUUGGUGUGACCAAAUAUAUAAAUAUAUAAAAUAACAGCUAAAAUGUUAGAUUGACUGCUCCCAGUUUCCGAAUUAUUUAUUUGAUUUGCCACCAAAUAACACUUUAUUCGCCGUCUCUCGUGAAAGUAAACGACUCAUUACAAGCAACUGCGUAUAUUCUGAUCAUUCAAAGUUUUCACUUCCUGCAAACUCUGUGAACACAGAAAUAAAACAGACAGUGAACUUGACUGAACGGAGAACAUGCAAUCUCGCUGAAUCGCAUCCCCAAUCAUAAACAUUUCAGGACUCGGAAUUGGAAAUCUUUAAGAAGUGGACUCUUUCAGGCUUAAGAAAUAACGUUUUCACGAUUACCUUAUUUGCCCAUGUUCUACUCUGCAUCUCUAUGAACAUUGUCCUGGGAUUAAAAUAGGGUUUGUUUUAUUGUAAUCCAGAAAAUCUGUAUGGCAUAUAUUUCCUAAAUUAAAUAAUCAAAUGGGUA